UUGAUCAUAUAUAACUCUUUUCACUGCCUCUAUGGUGUCUCCCUAAUUCUCUUAAACCCUAAAUCAAAACAUUUAUUUCUGAAAUUCUCUCUUGAUAAAGUGUAAUAAUUUAAUGGAUUUCUCAAUUGAUAUUCAUCGUGAAUAAAUUAAUUUCAUACUAUCCUAAUAAUCAGGCUUUUUGAUUCUUCAUUUUUUUUCAAUGUCGUCCGUCAAUUCUACUCUGACGACGCAGCAGGAAUACUGCAUUGGUCAUCUUCCUUCGAAACGCAAACUGGAAGACUAUGAUCACUCGACAGGUUUGAAUUGUAAAGGAAAAUCAGUGAUUGAUUCUGAUUUUGGUUUACUCAGUCUGAGAGAUAGGUUUCUCUUUCUAGGGGAAUCAAGCCAACCUAGACUGCAAUUCUUUGUGAGGAUGAUUUCUGGUAGUAAAAACCUAGUUUUACGAGCGAAUGCUAAUGAUACAGUUGAGUCAGUUAUUGAGAAGAUUGAGAUGAUUACAGGGAUACCCAUGAAGGAUCAAAGAUUAAUUUAUAAAGGGAAGCAAUUGCAGUUGGAACAGACUUUACGGCAAUGCGAAAUUCAGAAUGAUGCAGGGCUUCAAUUAGUGGGAAGAAUGCGGAGCACUAUUUAUCCUAAAAUUUGGCGGGCAAUUAGUGAUAUGGUUUCAGUUAUUUUUAGGGUUUGUAGAAAAGAAUCAUCUAUAGCUGAUUAUCAAAUUCUUAAGGUUUACCUUUAUUUGUUUUCUAAAAAUGUUUGGUUUGAUUUCGACUAUAACAAUGAGCAUAAUAUUAAGAAGUUGAUACUCAUAAAGAAGGUUGAUUACUGUAAUAUUGUUAUGAAUUCUUAUGCUGCUCAAAGUUUAAUCAUGCUUUAUGCUUCGAAAGACAAACAAUUCAAUUAUUAUAUUGAUGCCAGUGCAUGUAUCAUGUCUUUUGUGGAUUGGAUGAAAGAUUUUGAAGGGUGUCGGGAUGAGAGUGAUAGGGCCUAUUGUGCCACAACGGUGUUGAAGUUGUGUAAUAUGCUAAAGAUGGUGGUUUCUGAAGAAGACCAUGUGUAUUUACAUUCAAGGAGCAGUCUUGGUUCAAUGUUAAAGGAAGUCAAAGUUGGGAGUAGGCAAGAAAAAUCAUGUGAUCAUGUUGGGACCAAAGGGCAAGUAAACAGGGUCGCUAUUGAAGACCUGUUUCCUUUAUUGAUGGGUAUAGGACAGAGAUUGACCAAAUAUUUGUCUAUGAGUGCGGAACCAGUUCACAGUGUUGAGUUUUUCAAGCAAGAUGUUAGGGAUUUUUCUUCUUAUCUGCAGCCUGUGUUGAGGUUCGUUAGUAGACCAGCAGAAUACUGUCGAAAGGCUACGAGAGUAUACAGAUCUCAGCUCCAGUUACUUUUCAAUGAUUUGAUUUGUAACAUUGAAAUAUGUCUCAAUGAAUUGGAUGUAUACAUGAUGGUGAAGAGUAAAAAGGAUGACAAAGUUAAUCAGAGUUCCGGUCAAUAUCUUGCUAUUCUUCAGGAAUUGGCUAGCAUUUCUGCACUCAAUCCAGAUUGGAAAGACAAGUUCUGGUACAUAAUGAGACAGAAUAAAGGUGUACUGUCUGACCUUGUAGUUAGAUAUGCUACACAUGCUGAUAAAAAUAGUUGGCUUUAUUUCCAUAAUGAUGUCCUGAAUUUUGAAUCGAGGAGGCAUUUAGCUUUGUUGAUUUUCCCUAAUGUGAUUGAAGAUUAUGAAGAGCUUGAGAUGUUAAUUGACAGGUCCAAUUUGCUGGCUGAAUCAUUUGAGUAUAUAUCGGGUGCAGAUCCAUCUUCACUGCAGGCUGGCCUUUAUAUGGAAUUCAAAGACGAAAAUGCUACAGGUCCUGGUGUUCUGAGGGAGUGGGUUUCUUUAGUAUGCCAAGCGAUCUUUGAUCCAGAAAAUGGCCUUUACGUUGCUUGCCCUUUGAACCGUCGAAGGUUCUACCCUAGUGCAGCAUCUAAGGUACACCCUCUCCAUCUAAGAUACUUCCAAUUUUCUGGUAGGAUGAUUGCUUUGGCACUAAUGCAUAAGGUUCAAGUUGGUAUUGAACUAGAUCGUAGCUUUAUCUUGCAAUUGUCCGGAAGACGUGUUUCAUUGGAAGAUAUAUGUGAUGCAGAUCCAUGUCUUUAUAAUAGUUGCAAACAAAUUUUGGAAAUGGAUGCUGAAUAUGUGGAUUCCGAUGGGUUGGGGCUGACAUUUAUUACUGAAGUUGAAGAGCUAGGAACAAGGAAGGUUGUGGAACUUUGUUCUGGAGGAGAAAACAUUACUGUAGACAGCAAAAACAGAGAGGAAUAUAUCAACCUCAUUAUUCAGCACCGAUUUGUCACGUCUAUUUCUGAACAAGUGAUCUAUUUUGCUCAAGGUUUUGAUGACAUUGUUUCUGUAGGGUACUUUCCAAUCUUUUUUAACAUCUUAGGACCUGAAGAUCUUGAUUGGAUGUUGCGUGGAAGUGAUUGUGAGAUAUGUCUCGAAGACUGGAAGUCACAUACCAAGUACAAUGGCUAUAAAAUAUCUGAUCCUCAGAUAGUUUGGUUUUGGGAGGUAGUUGGAGAAUUAAACGUGGAGCAGAAAAAGGCGUUUCUUUUCUUUUGGACUUCAAUUAAGUUUCUCCCUAUUGAAGGUUUUCGCGGUUUGGCAUCUUACUUAUACAUCUUUAAAUCCUUGGACUCUCAAGUUUGCUUGCCGACAUCACAUACAUGCUUUUACCAACUAUGUAUCCCGGAGUAUCCCUCAAAGGAAGUCAUGCGAGAACGUCUCUUAUUGACUACUCAAGAGCAUGUUGAGUGCAGCUUUGGUACUUCAUGACAUUGUGGAUUUUGAUGAUGGUGAUUAGCUGCUGAGGGUAGUAACUGGAACUCGCACAUAGACAGAAGACUCUAGGUUUAGAAUUUGUACAGAUUUUUUAGAGUAAAUUUAUGUUGCUAGUUUUUGAAUGGCGCGCUCUUGCCAUUGUGGAAGUAAUUAUGUCCCUUACCAGCUAACUUUAUAAAUCGAGUUCAUUGUCACAUGAUUCGUUAAUAUCCUUGCGAAGCAAAUUAAAUGGCGAAUUAUGUUACUCUGGUUUAAUUAGAUGAAAAA